GAACAGAAAGCUUUUUUCCCUCAAGUUAAGCCUAAACACCAGUUGAAAAAUGUAAUUGUCAAGGGAUUCAGAAAAACAAACCUUUUCUCUUAAAUUUAGUGGAGAGAGUGGGAUAGCUCUUGUUUUGGCUGGCAUAUCUACGGCCUAAACAAUUGGCUUAAACCUUGUUUGGGAUUCCUGCUUGUUUUAGCAUGGCGGAGCUUGGAGUUCACAGAACCCUCCUUUUGGUAAUUUCUCUGAUAAAGUGUCUGGAGGGCACAAAACUGCUGGCAGAUUUUAAAAAAUGUGGUGACUUGGAGUGUGAAACUUUAAUAAGCAGAGUCUUAGCCACGAGAGAUUACAGAGGACCUGACUGCCGAUACCUGAACUUCACUAAGGGAGAAGAGAUAUCUGUUUAUGUUAAACUUGCAGGAGAAGGGGAAGAUUUGUGGGCAGGAAGUAAAGGAAAGGACUUUGGAUAUUUUCCCAGAGAUGCAGUCCAGAUUGAAGAGGUGUUCAUAUCUGAUGAAGUUCAGAUAUCAACUAAAGAAUCUGAUUUUCUUUGUCUUCUUGGAGUAAGUUACACAUUUGAAAAUGAAGACAGUGAAUUAAACAGUGAUGAUGGCAAAAAUAUAUGUCCAUAUGAAGAAGAUAAAGACCAAAAAUCUAGUGUAUAUGAAAGUGAUUUUCAGACAGAAUCUGGAUUUUAUUCAACUUCUGAAAGUACUUUGUUUGAAGAUCAGUUUCCAGUAUCGGAAGCUCCUGAAGAUAUCAGAAGUACUAGUGAAUCAAAAGAGUGGGAAGGAGUGGAAGCUGGAAGUAUGGAAGAGGAUUAUGUUCCAGAAGUGGAUCACAUCCCACCAUCCUCGCCUGAAGUGAAAGGAUGGUUUGGAUUUGGAAGGGAACUAGCUGAAGGAAAGGCUUUUGAAUCAGUUAUUGAACCUCUACAAGAAAGUUCAUUUCAAAGUAGAAAAAUAGCAGGAGAAGAUGAGAAUGACCUACAGGAAUUAAAUAAUGAUGAACCCCAAACAGAACAAAAGCAAGAACCUGAAUUGGAAUUCAAUUCAGUGCCAAAGAAACAGUCUGAACUAGGUUCUGAGUCAGAGACCAUUAUCAGUCCUGAAGCCACUAGUUGGUUUGGGGGUGGUUUUAAAAGUUAUUUAGGUUUUGGAGGUGAGCAUACAGGGCUUGAAUUAUUGUCCAAAGAAAGCAAUCCACCACUACAAGAUGUUCCUAAUUCCUUAUCAUCUGAGGAAGAACCCACAGUUCCAUGCACAGAAAUAUUAACAGAAAAAGAAGACACAAUCGCCAAUGAUACCUCAAUUCUCAAGCCAAGUUGGUUUGAUUUUGGUUUUGGUAUGCUAGGCUUUGUAUAUACCAAUGAAGAUAAAAUUAUAUCAGAUGAUGGAAAAAGUGAAGAAGGAGGUGGAGGAGAUAAACAUGAACAUCUUCCAACAAGUAAAUUUGACCCUGAUAAGGAACAAGAAAUAAAAACAAUAGAAAUUAUGGAAACUGAAGAGCAAGUAGGAAAGGAAAGAGUCCUAGAGAAAACAGAUGAUUCUGAUACCUUACUAUAUUUUAAAAAGUUUUUAUAUAAUUGGAACUUCCAGGACAUUCCAAAGGAAACAGAAUUGCAAUUUUCCAAACAGAUACAGGAUGAAAAUAAUGUAAUUGAAAAUGAUGAAACAGAAGAAUUUUCAGCUGAAAAUUAUCACACAGAUAAUAUGGAAGUUAUGAUGCUGAAAAGCAGAUCCAGUCCGUCAGAUAUGGCUUCUAAAAUAGAGUCACCCAGGAGAAUUCAUAAAGAAGUACAUUUCAAAACUCCAUCUUCUAAAAAUAAUGAUGAAAAAUCAAAAACAUCACUAGGUACUGAAGGAUCUACUCAGGCGGAAAUAGACAGAUCUGUGGAAAAUACCCUGCCAAAUAGUCAAACAGUUUCAACUGAUUACUUUUUGUCUUCUCAAGAAGAAGAUGCUUCUGAGUAUCAGAUUCUGAAAUAUUUAUUUCAAAUUGACAUUUGUGAUUUCUUGAAUUCUGCAUGUUCAUCAAUUAUAGUUCUUACAGAAAGGGUUGUGGCAGCCUUGCCUGAAGAUAUGAGAGGUCCUAAUCCCUAUGGUUUCCCAUGGGAAUUGGUGAUAUGUGCAGGUGUUAUUGGAUUUUUUGUUGUUCUCUUGUUUUUGUGGAGAAGUUUUCAAUCGGUUAGAAGCCGGCUUUAUGUGGGGAGAGAGAACAAGCUUGCUGUAGAACUUUCUACACUAAUUGAUGAAAAAUGUAAACUACUUGAAAAAUUUAGCAUUGUUCAAAAAGAGUGUGAAGGCUUAGAAUCAUCUUUAAAGGAUGCCAGUUUUGAGAAGUCAACAGAAACACAAAGUUUGGAGUUUGUUGAAGGAUCACAAAUAUCAGAGGCAGUCUAUGAAAAUCUGAACAAGUCUAAAUCUGAACUGGAGGAUGAAAUACUUUUUCUGAAAAACCAAUUAGAAGAAGAGAAAUCUAAACAUUCCGAACAAGAUGAAUUGAUGGUGGAUAUUUCAAAAAGGAUACAGUCCCUAGAAGAUGAAUCAAAAUCUCUUAAAUCACAAGUGGCUGAAGCCAAAACAACCUUUAAAAUAUUUCAAAUGAAUGAAGAGCGACUUAAGAUAGCUAUAAAAGAUGCUUUGAGUGAAAAUUCCCAACUUCAGGAAAGCCAGAAACAGCUUUUACAAGAUGCUGAAGAAUGGAAAGAACAAGUGAGUCAACUUAAUAAACAGAAAAUAACAUUUGAAGACUCCAAAGUGUAUGCAGAACAAGUUCUGUGUGAUAAAGAAAAUCAUAUCAAGUCUCUUACUGAACGCUUGAUAAAGAUGAAAGAUUGGGCUGCUGUGCUGGGAGAAGACAUAACAAACGAUGAUAACUUGGAGUUGGAAAUGAGUGAAUCAGAAAAUGUUUGGAGUAUAAUUCCAGUUACAUUUUGUAUGCUGAAAGAUUCUAAGAACAGUCGAGACCAUGGACUGUAUUUAGAUAAUCAACCAAAAGGAGCUUUGAAGAAGCUGAUUCAUGCUGCUAAGUUAAAUGCUUCUUUAAAAACCCUGGAAGGAGAAAGAAACCAAAUUUACAUUCAAUUAUCUGAAGUAGAUAAGACAAAAGAAGAGCUUAUAGAGUGUAUUAAAAAUCUCCAGACUGAACAAGCAUCUUUGCAGUCAGAAAAUAUACAAUUUGAAAGUGAGAAUCAAAAGCUUCAGCAGAAACUUAAAGUAAUGACCGAAUUGUAUCAAGAAAAUGAAAUGACACUUCACAGGAAAUUAACAGUAGAGGAAAAUUACCGAUUAGAGAAAGAGGAGAAACUUUCCAAAGCAGAUGAAAAGAUCAGUCAUGCAGCUGAAGAGCUGGAGACCUACAGAAAGCGAGCCAAAGAUCUUGAAGAAGAAUUGGCGAGAACCAUUCAUUCUUAUCAAGGGCAGAUUAUUUCCCAUGAGAGAAAAGCACAUGAUAAUUGGUUGGCAGCUCGGACUGCUGAAAGAAAUCUUAAUGAUUUGAGGAAAGAAAAUGCUCACAAUAGACAAAAAUUAACUGAAACAGAGUUUAAAUUUGAACUUUUAGAAAAAGAUCCUUAUGCACUUGAUGUUCCAAAUACAGCAUUUGGCAGAGAGCAUUCCCCAUAUGGUCCCUCACCAUUGGGUCGACCUUCAUCUGAAACGAGAGCUUUUCUCUCCCCUCCAACUUUGUUGGAGGGUCCACUCAGACUCUCACCUUUGCUUCCAGGGGGAGGAGGAAGAGGCUCAAGAGGCCCAGGGAAUCCUCUGGACCAUCAGAAUACCAAUGAAAGAGGAGAAUCAAGCUGUGAUAGGUUAGCUGAUGCUCACAGAGCACUUUCUGACACUGGGUCCCUUUCACCUCCAUGGGAACAGGAUCGUAGGAUGAUGAUCCCUCCAUCAGGCCAAGCAUAUCCUGAUCCAGCUUUUCCUCCACAAAGGCAAGACCGAUUUUAUUCUAAUUCUGGCAGACUAUCCGGGCCAGCAGAACUCAGAAAUUUUAAUAUGCCGUCUUUGGAUAAAGUGGAUGGUCCAAUGUCUUCAGAAAUGGAAUCCAGUAGAAAUGAUAAAAAAGACGACCUUGGUAAUUUAAAUGUGCCUGAUUCAUCUUUCCCCGCCGAAAGUGAAGCAACGGGCCCUGGCUUCAUUCCUCCACCUCUUAUUCCAAUCAGGGCUCCAUUGUUUCCAAUGGAUACAAGGGGCCCAUUCAUGAGAAGAGGUCCUCCUUUUCCUCCACCUCCUCCAGGAAGCAUGUAUGGAGCUCCCCGAGAUUAUUUUCCACCAAGGGAUUUCCCUGGCCCACCACAUCCUCCAUUUGCAAUGAGAAAUGUCUAUGCACCGAGAGGUUUUCCUCAUUACUUCCCCCCAAGAGCUGGAUUUUUUCCCCCACCCCCACAUCCUGAGGGUAGAAGUGAGUUCCCAUCAGGGUUGAUUCCACCUUCAAAUGAGCCUACUACUGAGCAUCCAGAACCACAACAAGAAACUUGAUAAUAUUUUUGAUCUCUCUUCAAAAAUAAUUUUGACUUCUGUCUCAUUUUCAGUUUAAGUAACUGCUGUUACUUAAGUAAUUACACUUUUGCUCAAAUUGAAGCUUAAUGGAAUUAUAAUUCUCAGGAUAGUAUUUUGUAAAUAAAGAUGAUUUAAAUAUGAAACUUAUGAGUAAAUUAUUUCCAUUUUAUUUUAUUCUAGAUAGUAUAAUUAUUUUAAUUUGAUUAACAAAUCCACUAUCACAUAAACAAUAAUGGGAGUUUUAUAUGUAAUCUUGCAGUUGGGGAUGUUUUAAACUCCAAAGGCUGUGUCUUUUUGCCCAGAACUGUAUUUACUAUGGUUGUAGACAAAUGUGAAAGUUACUUUAUGCUUAAUUAAAUAAAUUUUAACUGACUUUAAA